AUGAAAUCACCAGGAAAACCGUCGUCGGGAAGCAUCGUGUUCGUGCAGGAGGAUCCGACGACAGUUCAGCGCUCGAGGAAGUGGGCUCCCAAGACCAAGACUGGGUGCAAGACUUGUCGUAUUCGGCGAGUGAAAUGCGACGAAGGCAGACCGUCAUGCAAGAAAUGCAUAACGACGGGUCGUACGUGCGACGGGUACGAGACCGCAACAGCAGCACCAGCAGCAGGAUCCCCGCCGUCGAUGUCGACAGACCAGUUGAUGAGGCUGCUGGACCAGCCAGCGCAUGCUUCUGGCCCCAUCUAUGGCGGCUCCAGCCGCGCCGAAAAGGACGCCUUCUUCCGCUUCUACAACCUGACCGUCAAGCAGGUGGCAGGCAAGACGGACACGAUGUUUUGGAAGAUUAACCUGCCGCAGCUCUCGCAGGCGCAGCCGGUGCUGUGGCAUGCCUCGCUCGCGCUGUCGGCCAUGCAGCUGCGCGACACCAUCCACGACAAGACGGCCCUGGCGCAUCAGACGCGCCAGGACCACUUCAAGUUUGCACUGAGCCAGUACAGCAAGUCGAUUGCGCAGCUCGUCAAGCUCUCGGGCAAGACGGACAUGACGGGCCAAGACCAGGAGGCCGUGCUGACGGCAUGCAUCGUGCUGAGCUGCUUCUGCCUGAUGCAGCUCGAGAACAGGGACGCCCUCAUCCACUCGCUCUACGGCCUCAAGCUGACGCGCCAGUGGAAUUUUGCCAAGCGCGCCACCAACCCCAAGCUGUCGGAGAGCGCGCGCUCGACCGCCGACUACCUGACGGCUAUGAUGAAGUACUUUGAGGGCAACUUUAUGGAGCAGGCGACGGAGCCCCCGACCGAGGAGGAGGCGGCCAGCCUGCCGCCCAGGGUCAUGACCAUCAGCCGCAUCCCGAUAGCGCGCCACCAGGUGGCAGAGGGUGGCGAGUGCCCCCUCACGAUCCGCCUGUGGUGCGUCAAGGGCCAGGUCGACCUGCACCUGCGCUUCGUCGAGGACCGGCAGAUCCCCAAGGACGAGUUCGUGGCGCAGCUGGAGACGGUCGUCAUCCUGGCACAGGACAUUAUCCGCGACAUCAACGCCACGUCCAAGCUGGACCAGGAGUGCACGCUGGCCGCCACCUUUGGCGCCGUGCCGUUUGAGCCGCAGCUCGUGCAGCCGCCGAUCGUCUGCUCUGACCGCGGCCGGCUGCAGGCGGCCACGGUGCUCGUGACGGGCGGCGCGUGGCCGUCGGACAUUGGCUACUUUGACACCACGGUGCUCGGCUCCAAGUUUGAGCGCGGCGCGCUGGUGCCGUACGGGUCGCUGGUCUGGGACGACCGCAUCGCGGCGGGCGGGUGCGACUGCGGCUCCGACGAGAUCCGGCUGUGCCACGAGCACGCGACGCCCAACAUCAAACAGGACUUUAUGCGCGAGGAGGGCAUCAAGACCAUCUUCAAGGACCUGGGCGAGGUGAUGCGCCGCACGCCGGUGCACAUGGUUACCAUGAGCUGGUAG